AUGACGACGACGCGCCAUCUGGUCCGCUUCGGCUCCGCCACGAUCGACACGACGGUCACCAGCGACGUCGCGGCCGCCGGCGGCGGCGGCGCAGGCCUCGUCGUCAGCCUCGACUGCGAGUGGAAGCCCAACUACGUGUCGUGGAGGACCUCCAGGGUGGCCAUCCUCCAGCUCUGCGCCGGCCCGCGCUGCCUCGUCCUGCAGCUGUUCUACGCCAACCGCGUCCCGCCGGACGUCAGGGACCUCCUCGGCGGCCCGUCCGUGCGGCUCGUCGGCGUCGGCAUCGGCGAGGACGCGGCGAAGCUGGAGGCCGACUACGGCGUGGCCUGCGCGGCGCCCGUGGACCUGGAGGACAUCUGCAACCGCCGCCUCGGCCUCCUCGUCGGGAACGGUGGCGGGAGGAGGCUGGGGCUGAAGGGGUACGCGAGGGAGGUGCUGGGGCUGGCCAUGGAGAAGCCGAGGCGCGUCACCAUGAGCAACUGGGAGAAGCGGGAGCUGGACGCGGCGCAGAUCGAGUACGCCUGCAUCGACGCCUACGUCUCCUACAAGCUCGGCGAGAGGCUCCUUGCCGACUGA